GGCCAAUCAGAUUACAGCAACGAUCAGUAAAGAGAGAAGUUAUUACAAACGCUCGUCUUCGUCUUCUCUUCCUCAGCACAGAGACAAAAUUUGUAACGGAGAGGGGAUCGCGAUAACAACCCCGGUGAGAAAGCUAUAAGGAUUUUUGAUUAAAGAUGCAUACUUUUGGUUACAGAGCUAAUGCUCUGCUCACUUUCGCAAUCACGGCGCUUGCUUUCAUUUGCGCAAUCGCGUCCUUCUCAGACAAAUUCAGCAACCAAAACCCCUCUGCUGAGAUCCAGAUACUUAAUAUCAAUCGGUUUAAGAAGCAAUCUCAUGGAAACGAUGAGGUCAGCUUGACAUUGGACAUAUCAGCAGACUUGCAGUCACUAUUUACUUGGAACACCAAACAGCUUUUUGUUUUCGUAGCAGCGGAGUAUGAAACCCCGAAGAAUUCCCUGAAUCAGGUUUCUCUAUGGGAUGCCAUAAUCCCUGACAAGGAACUUGCCAAAUUCCGAAUUCAAGUCUCAAACAAGUACCGUUUCAUUGAUCAGGGACAGAAUCUUCGCGGAAAAGAAUUCAACUUGACACUACAUUGGCAUGUGAUGCCCAAGACCGGCAAGAUGUUUGCUGACAAGAUAGUCAUGCCUGGUUACAGUUUACCUGAUGCAUACAGAUGAUGAACAUUGAAUAAUACAUCAAACAUCGUCCAAGAGUUUUUGAAUUUCAGUUUUCUGAAAAGUUUCAGACUUUUCUUAUUUGGAGGAAAAACUAAUUCAAAAGUACUAUUGGUCUUAGCAGUAAACACAAAUAUUCUUUAAGGAUCUUUUGUAAAUUUCAUUUGUCAAUGAGGCAAGCUGAAUUAUCACAUUAUUUCAACA